UUCUGCUUGUGCGUGUUGUACACGUUGCCAGACGAGUCGAUCCUAGGCUCACUUAGCACUGUGACCACUGUCAGCUCUUCUUUCUACUCUUUACAAGAUAUAUCGUCCUCAUCACAGCCCAAGACUUUCACGAAUCUAAUUUUAGCUUCCCUAAUGACUCCAACGUCUGUCUCCGGGGGUAAGUCGUACGCUUACUACUAGAGCACUUGGUCUAAGCAGCACUUUUUAGCCCCAGCCAUGAUGCUGGCUGUGUUCCCAUUUCUCGCAGUCGCAGGGGCUUACGUGGUCAUGGUUUGGUGUCUCCACGGAAAUGGCCUGGUUGAAAAGAUACACGCAGGAUGUGGCGUGCCAGUAGAGGGGGCAUCAUUCCCAACGCGUAUCUCAUACACCAAUAUCCCCCCUCUCGAUUUCAACCUCUGCGUCGUCGUUACGUUUUACCAUGGCUUAAUGAACACCACCUACCGACCACUUCUAAUACUCAUGUCCACCACGCUUGCCGCAAUUGCCAUCAUCCCUUUCGCAGAAGCCACUCGCGAAUAUCACCCUAAGCGGCUCAAGAUACCUGCGACUAUUGGCGUGAUUUACCAGAUCUGCAGCUCUGCAGCCGUCAUGCCGAUUUAUUGGUUUGCCUUCGCGCUUACUGGUGGCACGACCCGUCGCAGCGAUAGAAUCAAUCAAGGGAAUGCAGAAGCACUUUUAUUUGCCCUUAUUGUUGGCUAUGCUAUCCCCACUGCUUGCAUGGUGGUUCUUGAAGACCCAGUGGUGACUGCCAUAUGGCAGUUCUUCCCUGUGUACAUGGCAAUCGCCCAGUGGGCACACUCCAAAAUCCGACCCCCCUCGCAUCACACUGGGUCGGGAUACGGCACUGUUCAAGCCAUGUACUUGCUUGUAUACGUCACUUCCGCUUAUUUGCACGUUGCGCACGUCUGGCCUCUUUUCAACAGUCCAACACUCAUCCAAAAGCUUAUAAUGCCCCCUACAUCUCUUUUGGACCCGUCAAAUUCUAUCAGUGAAGGUGUUGCAGCGUUCCUGAAGUGGGACAUAGUAUUUACAGCGGGCUCGACCUUUCUGAUAACGCUGUGGUUCGCCAGAAGUCUAACAGGCUUAGCGGUGCUGAUUUUGUGGCAUGUGUCGGCUACUUUCUUAGUGGGACCUGCAGCUGCAAUCGCAGGAGUAAUGAUGUGGAGAGAAGCGACAAUAAAUGCACAGGCCAUUGUCAAGGAAGAGAAAGCUCGAUGAUGGUUAUCGCUAGGAGACCACACUCUGUAUAUAAUCUUGAGUAGUUUUUUGAGAAAAUGUUGUAGAAUGCAGCAGAUUUGAAAAGGCCCAUGACGGGCUCACGGCAAAGGAUGUAGAUGGAAUUGCACGAGAACAUACGUAUAACAUUACUGUC